GACACCCGAGACAACAGCGAAGAGAUCCGGUGUAAGCGAAAGACCACAUUGGCUUCAAUGAUUGUUGAACACCCUGAGAACGACAGCGUAGAUAUCGUUGCAGACAACCAUGCAAGCGACGACAAUUUACUAACGUUGCAAACUAAUGAGAAGAUACCAAACGACGCAGAUCUCCAAGUGGCACUCAUGCCCCAAGAGCUCAACACAGCUUUCAUUCCUAAUAAGAAUGGUCUAAUUGUGCCAAAAGAGCUCCAGGCCCUAAUGCCGCAGGAGCUCAAUCCAGUUUUCACGCCACCCGAUGGAAACAUAGUAAAGAACGCAGUAGUGGUGGGGUGGGCCCCUGUUUACUAUUUCCCCAAGACUACCCUCUCCCCUCAACCAGCUACGUCACGACCAAAUAGUAAAGAUGCACCAUGGAAAGUUGUACUACCGAUACCGCAACGUACCCGUCGUGGAUUGGACCUUCCAGAAAUUCCCGCCAGCACAGCACAGAUGUUAAAAAGUUACACCAGAACGGGAGCCUUCAUAGCUCUUAUUAUCUCUGCUGUUGUGGAAGUUGUUCUGUAUACGUUAGAGUGGUAUCAUGGAUAUUAUUAAAAAUAUUAAACACAUUUUUUAAAGUAGAUAGAGUCAUUUAAGUUUUAUUUUAUCCCUUUGUAAGCACAUUCCAGUGUACGAUGGCACAAGGCUCUAUUACUUAGUGGAAGUAUCAAAACAAGAUCCUUACUUAAUAAUGGUAGCUAUUGUGGCGUCCUGUCGUAGGGCGUACUCAAUAUUAAUGUUUUCCAUGAAAAUUUGUCAGUAUAAUAAUUUAUUUUCAAAGAUACAGCUUUUUAUUUGUUACCUAUGGCCUUGAAUGAAAUUUGACCAACUUCUGCUGUACUGACUUUUUCGUCUCAUACAAAGAAAUGAUCCCUUUAUGAAACCGACUCAAUCGGCACUAAAACAAAAUUUUGGUCAAUUUUA